AGAAAAGAAGUGAGAGCUACUUUGAAAGGACAACCAUUUUUCUUUACGCUAAUUUAUAAUGGUUUUGAAGUGGUUGUUCAUUCUCAAACAUAGACUUUUAAAUGUUAGGUCUUUCCUAUAACUCGUUGUUAUUGGAAGUUUCAAGGAUUUGGACGCUCAGUUAAGGAUUUUGUCCUCUCCUCAUUCCUUUGGUUUUGGCCCAAAUGAUUAUGUUUCCUCUUUUUGGGAAGAUUUCUCUGGGUAUUUUGAUAUUUGUCCUGAUAGGAGACUUUCCAUCGUUAACAGCACAAACCUACUUAUCUUUAGAGGAGAUCCAAGAACCCAAGAGUGCAGUUUCUUUUCUCCUGCCUGAAGAAUCAACAGACCUUUCUCUAGCUACCAAAAAGAAACAGCCUCUGGACCUCAGAGAAACUGAAAGACAGUGGUUACUCAGAAGGCGGAGAUCUAUUCUGUUUCCUAAUGGAGUAAAAAUCUGCCCAGAUGAAAGUGUUACAGAGGCUGUGGCAAAUCAUGUGAAGUAUUUUAAAGUCCGAGUGUGUCAGGAAGCUGUCUGGGAAGCCUUCAGGACUUUUUGGGAUCGACUUCCUGGGCGUGAGGAAUAUCAUUACUGGAUGAAUUUGUGUGAGGAUGGAGUCACAAGUAUAUUUGAAAUGGGCACAAAUUUUAGUGAAUCUGUGGAACAUAGAAGCUUAAUCAUGAAGAAACUGACUUAUGCAAAGGAAACUGUAAGCAGCCCUGAACUGUCUUCUCCAGUUCCUGUUGGUGAUACUUCAACAUUGGGAGACGCUGCUCUCAGUGUUCCACAUCCAGGGGUGGACUCCUAUGAAGGUGCCUCAGACAGCAGCUUGGAAAGGCCAGAGGAGAGUGUUAGCAAUGAAAUUGAGAAUGUGAUAGAAGAAGCCACAAAACCAGCAGCUGAACAGAUUGCAGAAUUCAGCAUCCACCUUUUGGGGAAGGAGUACAGGGAAGAACUACAGGAUUCCUCCAGCUUUCACCACCAGCACCUUGAAGAAGAAUUUAUUUCAGAGGUUGAAAAUGCAUUUACUGGAUUACCAGGCUACAAGGAAAUUCGUGUACUUGAAUUUAGGUCCCCCAAGGAAAAUGACAGUGGCGUAGAUGUUUACUAUGCAGUUACCUUCAACGGUGAGGCCAUUAGCAAUACCACCUGGGACCUCAUCAGCCUUCACUCCAACAAGGUGGAAAACCAUGGCCUUGUGGAACUGGACGAUAAACCCACUGUUGUUUAUACAAUCAGUAACUUCAGAGAUUAUAUUGCUGAGACAUUGCAGCAGAAUUUUUUGCUGGGGAACUCUUCCUUGAAUCCAGAUCCUGAUUCCCUGCAGCUUAUCAAUGUGAGAGGAGUUUUGCGUCACCAAACUGAAGAUCUAGUUUGGAACACCCAAAGUUCAAGUCUUCAGGCAACGCCAUCAUCUAUUCUGGAUAAUACCUUUCAAGCUGCAUGGCCCUCAGCAGAUGAAUCCACCACCAGCAGUAUUCCACCACUUGAUUUCAGCUCUGGUCCUCCCUCAGCCACUGGCAGGGAACUCUGGUCAGAAAGUCCUUUGGGUGAUUUAGUGUCUACACACAAAUUAGCCUUUCCCUCGAAGAUGGGCCUCAGUUCUUCCCCAGAGGUUUUAGAGGUUAGCAGCUUGACUCUUCAUUCUGUCACCCCGGCAGUGCUUCAGACUGGCUUGCCUGUGGCUUCUGAGGAAAGGACUUCUGGAUCUCACUUGGUAGAAGAUGGAUUAGCCAAUGUUGAAGAGUCAGAAGAUUUUCUUUCUAUUGAUUCAUUGCCUUCAAGUUCAUUCACUCAACCUGUGCCAAAAGAAACAAUACCAUCCAUGGAAGACACUGAUGUGUCCUUAACAUCUUCACCAUAUCUGACCUCUUCUAUACCUUUUGGCUUGGACUCCUUGACCUCCAAAGUCAAAGAUCAAUUAAAAGUGAGCCCUUUCCUGCCAGAUGCAUCCAUGGAAAAAGAGUUAAUACUUGACAGUGGUUUAGGUUCAGGAUCAGGGCAAAAAGUAGAUCUGAUUACUUGGCCAUGGAGUGAGACUUCAUCAGAGAAGAGCACUGAACCGCUGUCCAAGCCAUGGCUUGAAGAUGACGAUUCACUUUUGCCAGCUGAGAUUGAAGACAAGAAACUAGUUUUAGUUGACAAAAUGGAUUCCACAGACCAAAUUAGUAAGCACUCAAAAUAUGAACAUGAUGAUAGAUCCACACACUUCCCAGAGGAAGAGCCUCUUAGUGGGCCUGCUGUGCCCUUCUUCGCAGAUACUGCAACUGAAUCUGCAUCUCUAACCCUCCCCAAGCACAUAUCAGAAGUACCUGGUGUUGAUGAUUACUCAGUUACCAAAGCACCUCUUAUACUGACAUCUGUAGCAAUCUCUGCCUCUACUGAAAUAUCAGAUCAGGCAGAUGCCAUCCUAAGGGAGGAUAUGGAACAAACUACCGAGUCAUCCAACUAUGAAUGGUUUGACAGUGAGGUUUCAAUGGUAAAGCCAGAUAUGCAACCUUUGUGGACUAUAUUGCCAGAAUCAGAGAGAGUUUCGACAAGAACUUCUUCCCUAGAGAAAUUGUCCAGAGACACAUUGGCAAGUACACCACAGAGUACUGACAGACUCUGGUUGAAAGCUUCUGUGACACAGUCUACCAAAUUGCCUCCAACCACAAUCUCCACCCUGCUAGAGGAUGAAGUAAUUAUGGGUGUACAGGAUAUUUCAUUAGAACUGGACCGGAUAGGCACAGAUUACUAUCAGCCUGAGCCAGUCCAAGAGCAAAAUGGCAAGGUUGGUAGUUAUGUGGAAAUGUCUACAAGUGUUCACUCCACAGAGAUGGUUAGUGUGGCGUGGCCCACAGAAGGAGGAGAUGACUUGAGUUAUACCCAGACUUCAGGAGCUUUGGUGGUUUUCUUCAGCCUCCGAGUGACUAACAUGAUGUUUUCAGAAGAUCUGUUUAAUAAGAACUCUUUGGAGUAUAAAGCCCUGGAGCAAAGAUUCUUAGAAUUGCUGGUUCCCUAUCUCCAGUCAAAUCUCACGGGAUUCCAGAACUUAGAAAUCCUCAACUUCAGAAAUGGCAGCAUUGUGGUGAACAGCCGAAUGAAGUUUGCCAAUUCUGUCCCUCCUAAUGUCAACAAUGCGGUGUACAUGAUUCUGGAAGACUUUUGUACCGCUGCCUACAAUACCAUGAACUUGGCUAUUGAUAAAUACUCUCUUGAUGUGGAAUCAGGUGAUGAAGCCAACCCUUGCAAGUUUCAGGCCUGUAAUGAAUUUUCUGAGUGUCUGGUCAACCCCUGGAGUGGAGAAGCAAAGUGCAGAUGCUUCCCUGGAUACCUGAGUGUGGAAGAACGGCCCUGUCAGAGUCUCUGUGACCUACAGCCUGACUUCUGCUUGAACGAUGGAAAGUGUGACAUUAUGCCUGGGCACGGGGCCAUUUGUAGGUGCCGUGUGGGUGAGAACUGGUGGUACCGAGGCAAGCACUGUGAGGAAUUUGUGUCUGAGCCUGUGAUCAUAGGCAUCACUAUUGCCUCUGUGGUUGGACUUCUUGUCAUCUUUUCUGCUAUCAUCUACUUCUUCAUCAGGACUCUUCAAGCACACCAUGACAGGAGCAAAAGAGAGAGGCCCUUCAGUGGCUUCAGCAGGCAGCCUGACAGCCUCUCAUCCAUUGAGAAUGCUGUGAAGUACAACCCCGUGUAUAAAAGUCACAGGGCUGGAUGUGAGAAGUAUGAGGGACCCUAUCCUCAGCAUCCCUUCUACAGCUCUGCUAGCGGAGACAUGAUUGGUGGGCUGAGCAGAGAAGAAAUCAGACAGAUGUAUGAGAGCAGUGAGCUUUCCAGAGAGGAAAUUCAAGAGAGAAUGAGAGUUUUGGAACUGUAUGCCAAUGAUCCUGAGUUUGCAGCUUUUGUGAAAGAGCAACAAGUGGAAGAGCUUUAACCAAAACUCCUGUUCUGAAACUGAUUAGAAGCCUGGAGAAGAUGGAGAUUACUUGUCGCUUAUGUCAUAUAAUUAACCUGGAUUUUGAACACUGUUGGAAGAAGAGUUUUCUAUUAAAACAUUAAAUGUAGGGCACACUGUUUUUUUUUUUUUCAGCUUAAGUUUUCAGAAUGUAGUAAGAGAUAUUACCAUUUUUAUUUCUAUAAAGACUGAAAGCUGUGUUUAAAGAAAUUGAAAACUACAUAACCUCUGGAAAGUAUUCUACAAGGAAAAGCUGGACUUGGGAGUUAGGGCUGCAGUUGCUGUCUGCUUCUGAAUCAUUGAGGGUGUCUCCUAAGAACUGUGCCUCGGGUUUCUCAAUAGGAAAAUAAGGUGAGACUCUUACAUGGAGAAGUCUGGCUUAGUAAGGGAAUAUUUUGGAGCAUAUUUGUUAUUGUUGGGUAGAAGGGAAAACUUUUGAAGUAGUCUUAGUGGGUAGUUUAUAGUCAGGCAUUCAUCUAAAUAAAAUAUUUUCUUUCUUUUUUUUUUGAUCAAA